AUGCGUAAAGGCUUAGUUUUGGAUAAAUAUACGUACCCUCUUGUUCUUAACGCAUGUGUACAGUUACGUGAGCUCAGACAUGGCAGAUCGGUUCAUUCCCAUGCGAUAAAAACUGGGUUUGCGUUGGAUUUGUAUGUGAUGAACAAUUUGAUUCGUCUGUAUGGUGUUUGUGGGUGUGUUGGGAGUGUUAGGAAGGUGUUCGAUAGAAGUCCUGAGAGAGAUUUGGUAUCUUGGACUACUUUGAUUCAGGGGUAUGUGGACAACGGGCAUUUGAAGGAAGGAGUUGAGUUGUUCUUUGAAAUGAUUGAACAUGGAUUAAGGGCUGACGAAAGGAUGAUGGUCGUUGUGAUAUCUAGUUGUGCUAAAUUAGGGGAUUUGAGAUUGGGCCAGAAGUUACACAAAUAUGUGCAGGGUCAUAAGUUAAAUUUUGAUGUGUUUCUUGGGAAUGCAUUGGUGGAUAUGUACAUAAAAUGUGGUGAAACCGAUAUUGCUCUUAAUGUUUUCCGAGAGAUGCCAACGAGAAAUGUGAUCUCUUGGAAUACAUUAAUAUCUGGAUUGGCUCAGAGAAGGGAGUUUAAACAGGCCUUGAGUGCAUUUAAUGAAAUGCAGGAUCAAGGAGUAAAGCCUGAUGAGAACACUUUAGUUGGUGUUCUGAAUUCCUGCAGCAAUUUAGGGGCACUAGAAGUUGGGAAAUGGGUGCACACAUAUAUAGACCGAAAUCAGAUUCAAGUAGCAGGGUAUGUUGGCAACGCGCUUGUAGAUAUGUAUGCAAAGAGUGGAAGCAUGGACGACGCCCUUAGAGUUUUCGGAAGUAUGAAUACUAAAGAUGUUUAUUCAUACACAUCUGUGAUAGUUGGGUUGGCCACACAUGGUAAGGCGCGGAUAGCACUUAAUUUCUUCUAUAAGAUGCUCGCAAUUGGCAUACAACCAAAUGGGGUCACUUUCGUGGGUGUUCUCACAGCUUGUAGUCACGGAGGAUUGGUGGAAGAGGGCCAUAAGCUUUUUGCAGAUAUGUGGAGAGUGCACAAAUUAACACCUCAAAUAGAGCAUUAUGGCUGUAUGGUUGAUCUGUUGAGUCGUGCAGGGUUGGUAGAUGAAGCAGUAGAGUUCGUGGAAAACAUGCCAAUUGAACCGGAUGCUUCUAUUUGGGGAUCAGUAUUAGCAGCAUGCAGGAUCCAAGGAAGAGUUGAACUCGCUGAGCAUGUGACUGAAAAACUUGUCAAUAUAGAGUCUGAAAAAGACGGUACAUACAUACUGAUGUCAAACACAUAUGCUUCAGUCAGUAAAUGGAGAGACGCUUUAAAAGUAAGAAGGGCAAUGAAGAAACGGAAAAUAAAGAAAGUUCCGGGAUGUAGCUCCAUUGAACUUGAUGGCGUGGUUUCUGAAUUUAGGAAGGGUGACAAAGCGCAUCCAAGAAGUAAAGACAUAUAUGCGACAGUUGAGCAACUGAAACUUCAUUCAAUUGGUACAGAGGCCUUCUCAAACGGAAAUGAGCCCCUCAUAGUUUGA